GACCACGGGCACGUGACCUACUCUUUGGUGUAGAAAUACGUGACAGAACUUCACGGCUAGACUGUCUAAAAAUAAAAACUUGGUAUUUCUUCCCUUUUCAUCCAAUUUAGUCAUGGAGGAGGUGGAUAAUAUUAUCAUACACACAUUCAGAGAAAUCGGAUGUGAUCUUGAUGAGGAGGUCGUGACCCUGCGUCAGUUUACACCUGAGCUUGUUGUUGAAGCAUCAGUAAGAUGUUUGAGAUUGAUAGACACCAAUACAAAUCUUCCUCAUACAUUACCUCCUGGAAUGUCGGCUAGAUUCAGGCUUGGUACUGACCUCGCGAAUGCACUUCAGUCUCUUGGUUUCCGUGGGGACAUGGGUUACCAGACGUUCCUGUAUCCCAACGAGGCUGAUAUCCGUCGGUUGAUGAUGUUCCUAGUUGAGAAGCUACCAAAGGAAUCGGUAACUAGCACCGAUGAGCCACAAGGAACUUCUGCUAUGCUGAGCCGUCGGAUAUCGUCAGAGAUUGCGCGUCAGUUACAGAGUCCUUGGGUCCCUCCGCCUUGUAAGAGACGUUCCAUCCGAUGGGUUGGACCAAAAGAAUGGCAUAAAGAGGGCGCUUUGGGCAGUCAUGCGUUUAGGAGUGUUCCUCUUGCCAUUCCGACUGGUCUAGCUGAUCUCACAAAGCAGAUUCCUAAAGAUAUCAUGAAGUAUUACAACAACCACAUGCCGUUAGUCAAGGAUCAGCCGGCAAGAGAUGAGGAUUUAGCGCCCUCAUUGCUGGAAUUUAAUGCAGCCUCUGUGACUGCUGCUCAAGAAUGGGAAACAGAAUGGAAUACAACGGGUCUGCCAUCAAGACUAUCACAAGAAGAUUAUAAAGCCAGGAAGAGAGAACGUCUUCAGAAGAGGAUGGUCAGUGAGGUCCGUCAAGGAUUGCAGAAAUCAGAGCAACUAGACCGUAAGUCAGCCACAGCGGAUCUCAUGCAGAUGCUGGAUCUCUUAGGUCAGAAGAGCGCCACCAAAGGGAGCAAGGGAUCUCGCUUUACUCAUACUGAAAAGUUACAGUUUGCACAGGAUGAUGAAAAGACAGCAGCUCAGAUUGGUAUUGGUGAAGGAGGUCCUAGAGCUGAUACAGAGGAGGAGUUGAGGCAGAAGAGAGAAGAUGAACAGACAGACUUGAAGGAUCAGUUGAAUCGUCUCAUGACACAGCUAGAAAGCCUUGAAACAGAGUCUAAACAAUUGAGUGCUAGUGUGCAACAGAUGGAGGACCAGAUGAUAGAGAAGAAGAGAAGUAAUUCUGAAAAGGAAGCUUCUUAUAAAGUGAAGAAAAAGACAAUCGACUUGCUUCCAAAUGCAGAGACCAAUAUCAAACUAUUACAGGGUGUUGUUGAGAAGAGUGCCAAUCAGUUAGUGAGUUUAGCCAAUCAAUGGGAAGAGCACAGAGGUCCACUCAUAGAAGAAUACAGGAAAACCAAAGAUGAGGUCUCCAACAAAGAGUCUGAAUCUGAGAAGAGAUUAGAAGAUAUCCAAGCUUUGAGAGAAAAGAUGAAGAAAGUUGCCGAGGAAACCAGAAGCAAGGAGGAUAUGCUUAAACAACUUGUUGCUGAGUAUGAGAGAAUGGCCAAAGAUGUCAAUAGAUCAGCUUACACUAGAAGAAUCCUAGAAAUCGUUGCCAAUAUUCAUAAGCAGAAAGAAGACAUCAAUAAGGUACUCAGUGAUACAAGAACACUACAGAAAGAAAUCAAUCAGGUUUCUGGUAAACUGGACCGUACUUUCACAGUCACAGAUGAACUCAUUUUUAGGGAUGCAAAAAAAGAUGAAGCUGUUAGGAAAGCAUACAAAUACCUUGCUGCAUUGCAUGAGAAUUUUGACCAACUAAUAAAAACUUUGGAAGAGACUGGGAGCAUCUUGAGAGAAAUUAGAGAAUUAGAAGAUCAGAUCGACACAGAGAGCAGCAAGAAAACUGUGACCAAUCUGGAGAAGAUAACUAAUGAUUACAAACAGAUGAAACAGGAAAAUGCAGCCCUCAUUGCCAAGUUAAAAGGAAAGUAAACUCAUGGAGCUGAGAAAGGUCAGUCAGUUCUAAAGUGAAGAAAUGGAGUGGAUGUCUCUAAACCUAACACCAUAUUUAAUAGAUUGUUCCCACACGCAGCUAUGUUGGAAGACAAACAGUUAACAAAACCUGUCCAUCAAACCGUGAACAAUCAUUUUUUUUGAGGGUCUCAUCACAGCUUUCCCAUUGUUAUGUCCACUGCUAUGGUUGAUUGUGACAUCAUGUUGGAACCCUCUAUACUGGGCCCAGUCUCUGAAAGACUUGUGAUUGAUCCAAUUAACUACAACUAUGGAAAUCCAGCAACAUCAACAUCUAAAAUGUAUGUUUGUUCACAAUGUUUUCUGCUUAUGAUGUAAUUCAUACAUUCAUUGUUUGUUUAAGAUUGAGUGAACACUUGUGUGUUUACAAAGGACAGUUUGGUAAUUUACUGUAGAAAAUGAAAUAUGACAUCAAUGGAUUUCCAUAUAGUUGAGCUU